UCUAGAUAUUCUCCUGGGCAGCAACUCAAUGAUUUCCUUCAAAGAGGACAAUCGGCCUCUCCUUUCUCUUCGGCUCUCAGUAUGGUCGACGAAGAGCGACCCACGACACCGCGAAAGCCUCGGAAUCGCCAGUCGCGGGGGAAGGGGCUGCGAAAAACCACAGGAUGCAUCACGUGUCGUAGAAGACAUGUCAAAUGCGGAGAAGAACAACCUUACUGUCAUCGCUGUCUGAAGGCAAAUCAGACUUGUAUCUAUUGUGAUCCCCACAAACCUCAUGUGUCGGCUCGUCAGGAAUCCAGGCUGGCAACCACUCCAACGGCCGAGCUACCACGACUUCCAUCUAUCCCGCAAUGGCAUAACUCACCAGAACAUAUCGUUCGCUAUCCACCGCCACCACCAGUAACAUCAGAUAAUACAUCGGUUACUUCUAUUCCUGGACCUCCUUAUAUACCAACACCACGCAAUCGACAGAACUUCUCAGGAACCAGUCAAUCGAAUGAGUACUCACUAAACGGUCCGACCAACAUGACUCCAGAGGCUACCAAUCAACAAGUAAUGUCACCGGAAAUGUCAACUUAUGCAGCGACUGCAUUUUCUCUUGGGAGUAAUGACAGCCUUGUGCCCCGCUCUGCUUCCUCUCAGCCCACUUUUAACGUUGCAAUCACAAGAUGGUUCGAUAUGCUUGUUGGAGAUUCCGCUUUUGAGAGUGCUGUACCUGACAUCGACGGCAUUGUUGAGGGGCGCAGCAGCGUUGAUACACCUCGGGAACCGGAGAGAGCUACUAUUCCCUUCAUCGCUUCACUCCGCGGAACACCUGAAGGAAGUGGAGCGGCUGCUGCGUCACCCAUAUCCACAAGCCCUCAACUAUUAGAACGCAGUGCUCCGGGCUUCGACUCCAAUGCGCUUGCUGAGAAGCUUCGUUGGCAAUCCAGCAUUAUAGAGCUGCUUCCAUAUGAGCACUUUAUUUUCAGCAAUUUCGUCCAGCGCAUCAGCCCGAUGAUGGAUCUGUUCGACCCCACGCAGAAUUUCUCCGCUUUCGUACCCCACCUAGCAAUGCGCAAUGCUGGGCUUAUGAAAGCUAUUCUUGCUCUUUCGGCGAGACACAUCUCUCUCGUUCCGUCCGUAGCAGCAGAGCAGAGCCAUGACCGAAACGAUGCAUUGCAAUACUACAAUGAGACUCUACACUAUCUUUCCAAGGCUAUGCAAUAUGACACCUUCAAGACCAGCCUCGAGUUGUUAGCAACAGUACUGAUUAUCUCGACCCAUGAAAUGCUCGAUGGUUCCGGGAAAGACUGGGAGCGCCAUUUACAGGGAGUUUUCUGGAUUCAAAGAUCUCAGGUUAUCCAUGGUGAUUCGAAAGGCUUGAGAGCGGCUGUCUGGUGGGCCUGGCUCUGUCAAGAUGUUUGGGCUGCUUUCAGGGAAAAGCGGAAAACAUUCACUUUCUGGAAACCGACUCGAAAUUUUACCGAAAUGAGCCCGCAUGAAAUGGCAGCUCGAUCAGUAUACAUCAUUGCAAAAGUGGUCAACUAUUGCUCUAAAGAGGAAACCGAGGCUGGCGAUAUUGCAGCUCGAAUCGAGAGGGCAAAUCAGCUGCAAGCAAUGCUAGAAGAAUGGGAGCGGUAUCUAACUGUUGAGUUUACUCCUUUACCUUACCGAGGCGACGUAUCUUCAACGGCCUUCCAACCUAUCUGGAUUCACCCUCCAGCCUUUGCUGUGGCCGUGCAGCUUCAUUAUUCUGCACGUCUGCUGCUCUUGCUCAAUAAGCCAUCUAGAGGUGGCUUUGGUGGAUAUUUAGAACAGAGCCGGAUGAUUUCUAAAUAUGUCAACAACAUCUGUGGCAUUGCGCUCACAUUGACAGAUCACGCUUCGAGCGUGAUGAGUUCUCAAUGCUUAUACAUAGCGGGGAUGUGCGUCCAGGACACUCGACAACGAGAAACUGUUCUCAGCAUGCUAGAAUCUUGUCGACAGCGAACUGGAUGGCCAUUGCGAUCUUUGGGCGAGGAGCUGCAAGCCUUUUGGGAGUCUUCUGAAGGCUUUCCAAACGGCUGAGUAUCGGAUUUAGCGUCGUUCAUUUGGAAGACGUUUUAGUCUGAAGCAAUCACCGUCAAACCUAC